CCAGCGCGCCUCGAGUAUCGUUUGCUUACAGCGCAUGUGCAAUAUGAGGUCAAUCCGUCUCCAUUUUGGAAGAGCGGAGUGAGGAAGCGAGUUGGGAAAGCUGCUUUUAAACUUGGGAAGAUCUGGUAAACAGGAAACCGUUUUUCUCAUGCACCAAGUGCUCGAUCAAUGUGUUUAGCAUUAAUAAGCUAUCAUAACUACUACUAGCGAGAAAAGACAAUUGAAGGACCAAAGCUUAAGAUUCCUCAACGUGGCCUAAUACCCAACCCGAAAAGGAUCUUCUAACCGGGGCACAGACUGGUUACUGUGGGCUUGAAUUAGAACUGCAUCUCGAGUCGGGGAGCAGAACCCCGCGGCCCUGUCGGAUCCAUAAUAUACCCCCAAAACAGUCCACAUUUGUUUUGCCUCCGUUGUGGCAACAGUAACGAGCAUAAACCGUUAUCUAUUUUAUAAACACACAAAGGAAAUACAACAGCGAUGGAUGAAGAAAUGGACGAAUUAUUCUCCGGAAACCAUUCAGAUGAUGGCGGUGCCACUCCAGUGCAGGAUGAACACGAAGGCUCUGAUGCAGAAGGCGGCAGCCCUGCACAGCGCUCGGGCUCGGAGGCAGGCAGUGUAGGACUGCACUCGGAGGAAGAGAAAAGCGAUGAAGAUGACGGUCCCACACGCAGCAGACAGAAGAACAGGAUGGCCAGUGAUUCAGAAAACGAAGACGUCCCCAGACAGCGAGAUAGCGACUCGGAAAAGGAGAAUGCUCCCAAGCCUCAUGACAGUGACUCGGAAAUUGAGGAGGAUCCCAAAAAUCAGGACAGUGACUCGGAAAAAGAGAAUGCUCCCAAGCCUCAUGACAGUGACUCGGAAAAUGAGGAGGCCCCCAAAAAUCAGGACAGUGACUCGGAAAAGGAGAAUGCUCCCAAGCCUCAUGACAGUGACUCGGAAAAUGAGGAGGCUCCCAAAAAUCAGGACAGUGACUCGGAAAAGGAGAAUGCUCCCAAGCCUUAUGACAGCGACUCAGAAAAUGAGGAGGCUCCCAAAAAUCAGGACAGUGACUCGGAAAAAGAAGCUGCUCCCAAACGUAAAGACAGUGACUCGGAAAAUGAGGAGGUUCCCAAAACCAAAGGGAGUGAUUCUGAAAAUGAGGACGUCCCGAAACGCAAGCGCAGGAUAGAGUCUGACGAUGAGGCAGACGGUGACAAAGAGAACGUCAGGGAACAGAAGGGAGUGGUGAGUUCAGACAGCGAGGACGAGGCAAAGCCAUUACAAGCUGACGGCAGCGAUAGCGAGGAGGGAGAGGCACCCAAGCGCCGCAAACUGGUUGACAGUGACGAGGAGGAGGAAGGAGAGAAACCAGUAAAGCGGAAGAAGGUGAUCCUGUCCGACAGCGAGGAUGAAGAGAAGGAAGAAACAUCCCCUGUGAAGAAGAGCCGCAUCCUGUCGGAUGGAGAGGAAUCCGAUACCAAUCGGAAGCUCAAGGCUCUUGGUUCAGACAGCGAGGAUGAGGAGGACAAGGGGGGAUCCACGAAGGAUGGGAAAACACUCUUCGGGAGUGACAGCGAGUCCGACAAUGAAGAGGAAAAAAUGAUUGCUGACAUUUUUGGGGAAUCUGGAGAAGAAGAUGAGGAGGAGGAAUUUACAGGGUUUAACCAGGAGGACCUGGAAGGAGAGAAGUCUAAAGCAGACGCAGCAUCAAGGCAGCAGCAGGUGGCAGCUGCAGACUCCGACUCCGAUGACGUUGAAAGGGGUGGUAGCAAAGACUUCAUGUCUGACUUUGACGUGAUGCUGGCGAGGAAGAAAGCCCUGGGAGGGAAGCGGCGGCGAAACCGUGACGGUGGCACGUUCAUCAGCGACGCGGACGAUGUGGUCAGCGCCAUGAUCGCCAAGAUGACGGAGGCAGCCGAGGAGGACCGGACGCUGAAUGGCCAGAAGAAGCCAGCACUGAAAAAACUUACAUUGCUACCCACUGUCGUCAUGCACCUAAAGAAGCAAGAUUUAAAAGAGACGUUCAUUGACAGUGGUGUGAUGAGUGCUAUUAAAGAAUGGAUCGGCCCUCUCCCAGACAAGAGCUUACCAGCGCUGAAGAUCCGAGAGGAGCUGCUCAGGAUCCUGCAGGAGCUGCCCAGUGUGAGCCAGGAGACGCUGAAGCACAGUGGGAUUGGCCGGGCUGUCAUGUACCUGUACAAGCACCCCAAGGAAUCCCGGAGCAAUAAAGACCUGGCAGGGAAGCUCAUCAAUGAGUGGUCCCGGCCCAUAUUCGGCUUGACGUCGAACUACAAGGCGAUGACACGAGAGGAGAGGCAGCAGAGAGAUCUGGACCAGCAGAUGCCAACACGUCGAAGACUGAGAGACCAGCCUAAGGUGGAGAGCUCAGAAGAUGCUGUACCGGAUGUAUUCUCUCAGCCUGCCAGCUCUGGUGGACAGACUCCCCGCAGGGACCUGGAUAAGGUGCUCACAGGAGAAGAGAAGGCCCUGAGGCCAGGAGAGCCUGGGUUCUGUGCCCGUGCCAGGGUGCCCAUGCCCUCCAACAAGGACUACGUCGUGCGGCCAAGGUGGAACGUCGAUACAGAAGCUAACCGGGGGCCGAUCAAGAAAGGAGUAACCCGAGUGGAUAAGCAGAUGCGGCGCUUUGCAGACAUCAAGAGGCUGACCAAGCCUGCGCAUGCUGUGAAAAUCAGUGUGGAGGGAAAUCGGAUGCCUUUGUGAUUCGCUUCUUUUAAAGCCUUUUUUUUUUUUUUUUUUUUUUUUUUUAAAACAGUCACUGCUUCCAUAACCCAAUUGAUAUUCCCACCCCCUCUCUGCCCUUGGACUCUAUUUGUUUGCUUUAGAGACUGUUUUGUUUUUUUUAUUUAGUUUGGAUGUAUAACACUGUUCAGCAUCAUAGGAUUGUUUGCUUUGCUCUGAAUUCCUGUAAAGUCUGUCUUUCGUCAUAUCCCUGUUUGUAUUUAAACCGGAGCCCCUUUGUACAGAAACAAAGUUGUUACUUCGAUUAAUCAAUAAAUGAUGUCUCACAUUUA